CAAAACCAAGAUGGAGGUUGUAUUGUCGGCCACUUCAAGCUUUCUCAAAAUAUUUGAAUUGAUUCAGGAAAUGUUUAUCUUUUGUCAAACAUUUGAGUGAUUUACAAUCCUUGGUGAUUUUAAAGAAAGCUGUGUAGUCAAAUUGGAAAUCAAAUAGUCUAUAUUGUGAUAUUAUGUGGAUGUUUGAGUUAUAAUUCCUGGUAGUGAAGAUGCCAUUUUCACCAAAGAAACACUUUGCAGGAGUGUCAUAUAACAUGACAUUCGGGUCAAGAAAUGAUAAGGAAAGAGAACGAUUGCUUUCUAUGCCAAUGACAGCCAAAAACCACUUGGGAAAACUGGCAGAAAAUCUGAAGGACAUGAGAGAGAAGGAGAUCUUAUGUGACUAUUACCUGAAAGCUGGUAGCACAAGCCUGCCUGUUCAUAAGGUCGUAAUGGCCGCUUCCAGUGACUACUUCCUUACAAUGCUGACAACCAACAUGCGUGAGAGUCGUGAGUCUGAAGUCAAUCUCAAAGGGGUAACAGCGUGUGCUUUAACUGUCAUUGUAGAAUUUGCAUAUACAGGGAUUUUAAAACUCAACAUGGAGAAUGUAGAGGAAGUUCUGGCCGGUGCAACACACUUGCAGGUUAAUGACGCUGUGAAGCUUUGUAGUCGCUACAUAGAAACAUCCAUUACCCCUAAAAACUGUGUAGAUGUUCUGAAUUUGGCAGAGCUGUUCAGUUUGGAAACUACAACAAGGAUUGCAAGAAAAUUCAUCCUGGAAAAUUUUGAGAAUGUUGCUCAGUCCGAACAAUACCAGUUGCUGACUCAAAUGCAGCUCGGUGAGAUGCUCCAGGCCAACUCACUCAAAGUGAUCUCUGAGUACAAGUUGUUUGAGUUAGUUCUACGUUGGGUUAACCACAUGCCAGACAUGCGCGAGGCUUUUGUCCCAGAACUGAUGAAGUAUGUACGUUUACCUCUCUUAUCGGGGGAGGAACUAGUCGAUAAGGUCAGUCGGGUCGAUAUCAUGAAGAAGAAUAAAAAUUGUUUAGAUUUACUGACUGAAGCUAAAGAUUACCACAUCCUCAUCGGUAAACAACCACUGAACCAGUCGGCUAGGACACAGGUGAGAUCCGACUCCAAGAGUCUGGUGAUGUGCUAUGGGCAAUGUCUGGAAGGCUAUCCUAUAAAUGACAGUCAUCGUCUGACUCGAGUUCUACUCAAAGACCCCAUAGCUCCACUCUAUAACCCCUGUGUAACGGUUGUCGACAAUUUCAUGUAUGCGUGCGGUGGCAAGUAUGACAACCAAGCUAGUAAUGAGAUAGCUACAGCUCGGUGUUUCCGAUACGAUCCAAGGUUCGAUACAUGGUAUGAACUUGCUUCUAUGAUAGAACCAAGACGAGACUUCGCUAUGGUGGGUCUUGAGGGUAGCAUAUAUGCUAUAGGUGGACAGGAUGAAAAUAAAAUGAUGAACACAGUUGAAUGUUACAGUAUUGCCCAGAAUGAGUGGGACCGUAAAAGCUCACUACACGAACAGGUGUAUGGUCACGCGGCGGCAGUAUGUGAGGGCAAAAUAUAUGUUUCAGGUGGUCAGGUAUUUUCUGUCACCAGUAAAAAACUUUAUGUAUAUAACUUGGUGGACGAUUCUUGGGAGGAGCGUACAAACAUGUUGUAUCCGCGGAUACAUCAUGUUAUGGAAGAAGUCCGGGGUCAGUUGUAUUGUAUCGGGGGAAGUGGACAUGGGGGUCUCAUCUUCCCCACCAUCACACCAACUGUAGAGAGCUACAACCCACAGACAAAUCAAUGGACGCUGUGUAAGCCACACACCAGUAUCGUUGACUCCGGAUCCUGUGUUGUGAAUGACAAAGUGUAUAUGGUCGGUGGGGCAUUCAUUGAUGGGAUCACUAUCUACAACCCUGCAUCAGAUGACCUUACCCUCUCUCAUGCCACAAUCUUGUCUGGUAAGGCAUGUGGCAUCCUAGUACACCCACACUAUGUUUGACCCUCCGACGUUCAAUAGCAGCAUUGUUAUUGUAUUUAUCCCAUAAUAAGCUCAGUAGCCAACACAUAAACUUUCACUUAAUUAUCUUGGAAAUGAAUUUAUUGCAGGACAAUGAUAUAAAAUUUGUUAUUUUGUCAGCAACUCCAAGAGACAGGAGUCUUUUAUACACGACAUGGACUUAUUAGGGGAUAAAUACAGUAACCUCAUGAAAUACUGAUUCAAUAUAUUGUGACUGGCUUUUAAAGGAAACAUUUACGCUAUGUUUUAAUCAUUAUAGUCCUAGGGGAUUGUAAUUAAUUAUCUUAACGAAUUGUGAUACAAGUUAUCAUCUCUUAUUAAUUACUGUAUUUCUGCAAAUAAGCCCCUUCUUCAUUUUAGCAGAAUCAUCAAUUUUAAAAUACAUUUGUAAUAAAUAAAAAAUUAAAGUGGUUCACAAAUAUGGUAAGCCCUCCCCAAACAUUUAUACUUUUACAUGAGUGGAGGGGCUUAUUUGAGGAUUAAUGCGGUAAUAUUGAUUGCAGAUUUUCUGAAUGUGUGUAAAAUACGUAAUACAUAUAAUGCCAGUAUAUCGUAGGGAAUUCAAAUGAAUACAUCAAAAUUAAAAUGAAACAAAGUUGAAGAUAUAAGUCAACUUAAUCAUGUAUCUUCUUAUAUUUUCCUCGGUAAUAUUUUUGACCCAAAGAGGAUAUUAACUUUCAACAUAUUUCAUGAAAGCAUAUCAACUGAAUUCUUGAUAUCUGUUGUGCACUUUUCAUACCAAUGAAUGUGUUCAAAUCUUUGAUAUUUUAAUCUCGAGCUCCUGCUCGAUUACAUUAACCUUUUCAGUCAAAUCUCAAAAGUUAAUUGUCUACAUUGUUUAACUUAUAAUUGUUUUGUCAACAUUUUUCUUUCAAAUGUAUACAUGUAACAGGAAAUAAACUGUUAUAGCCAUACAUACCUGGUAAUCUAUUUGUACAGUUCAGUUGUGUGUGUUAUCCUGGAAAUGAUUCAGUUAUCUGCUAUUUCAUCAACUUCCUGAAUUUCAAUAGCUAAAUUUCCUUCCUAUUUAUUUGAAUUAUAUAUAAUUAGACAUCAUGUGACAUGCAUAUAUUGGUUCAAUAUAAGUCAUGAUUUCAGAAACCAAAUUGGUUUUGUAAAAAAAUACAAAUUAAAGAAAUCUAAAUCAGACAAUAUAUUGAGCAUAUUGAUAAAAACUGCUUCAUUUUGUGUGUUUCAUACAAGCUAUCGAAUUUGAGAGCAUUUUUUUAUCCUCACUGUUUCAGCAAAUUGUUGUAAUUGAUGUACACCGAGUGUAGACGACACUUGAUGGACAGUGUAGUGGACACUUGAUGGGCAGUGUACUAGGGGACACUUGAUGGACAGUGUAGGGGACACUUGAUGGACAGUGUAGGGGACACUUGAUGGACAGUGUACUAGGGGACACUUGAUGGACAGUGUAGGGGACACUUGAUGGACAGUGUAGGGGACACUUGAUGGACAGUGUAGGGGACACUUGAUGGACAGUGUAGGGGACACUUGAUGAACAGUGUAGGGGACACUUGAUGGACAGUGUAGAGGGAACUUGAUGAACAGUGUAGGGGAUACUUGAUGGACAGUGUAGAGGGAGCUUGAUGGACAGUGUAGGGGAUACUUGAUGAACAGUGUAGGGGAUACUUGAUGCACAGUGUAGAGGGAGCUUGAUGGACAGUGUAGGGGAUACUUGAUGGACAGUGUAGGGGAUACUUGAUGGACAGUGUAGUGGACACUUGAUGGACAGUGUAGGGGACACUUGAUGAACAGUGUAGGGGACACUUGAUGAACAGUGUAGGGGACACUUGAUGGACAGUGUAGGGACACUUGAUGGACAGUGUAGGGGACACUUGAUGGACAGUGUAGGGGACACUUGAUGGACAGUGUAGGGGAUAAUUGAUGGACAGUGUAGGGGAUAAUUGAUGGGCAGUAUAUGGGGACACUUUAACAGAUUCAGAGUAGAAUACAUUUGGCUGUUUGAUGUAAUGAUGAAAUAUUGAAGAAUGAAAGAUUAAUUGCUCGUUAUUUAAAGGAAAAUAUUUUCUUCUUCUCUUUUUAUUGAGGUUUAAAGGGUGUUUUAUAUGACAAGUACGAGUCAAUGACAGGUGCUUAUUGAUUUGCAUUGUUGUUUACAUUAUUAUGUCAAUGUUUUACAGUUGUGUCAGAUUACAGAUGUGUUUUAAAUCUUGCUUAAGCAGUUGGACACUACAUGUUAUUGACUGUUUUUUGCAAUUUGUUUUCCUUUUUAAAUAAAUAACUUAUUGUUUUAUUUAGCACUGCCAUACAUGUCCAUACUGGUAUUAAAUAAAAUGUACUAAAGAUA